GUCCACCCUCAGGCAUGAACUAGGCUCUUUGACUGACCCACCUGCGGAGCCCAGCCACAAAGCCUGAAGGAUUCAUUAAGAUGAGCACAGCGCCAUGUGGAGAGGCCCACAUCUCAUCAACUCACUUCAUCCAACAAGGAUCUUCGCUCGGAGAGGCUUCUCGGCACUUCGACUGGCGAAGGGCAAGGGCGGCAAAAUCGAGAUCACGCCGGCGGCAGUCGUGUCGGCAUCGGCGGCAGCAAGGAAGGGCAAGGUGGGCGUGACGGUGCGGCCGUCGCCAGGCACCCCUCUGUAUGUGAUGAAGGCCCGGCCUGAGGCGACUAUCGUGGAGCUCAAGCCGCACGUGGACGCCAACCUCAUGCCGGUGCUAACGUGUCGUCUGGCAUUGAAUGCAUUGACACACACACACACAGUUGCACAUGCAUAUGCAGGACAGACAGACAGACAGACAGACAGAUGGAUGGAUGGAUGGAUGGAUGGAUGGAUGGCAUUCAUCCCUCGUGUGUCUGUUGUGUUGUGUUGUGUGCGUGUGUGCAGCCCGACCCGCAUGUGCGAGCACACAGUCUGGCGUGCACCAUUGAUCUGCGCAGGGUGGCGGCGAGCAUCCGCGAGCAGAGGAGGCGGGACAGCGACAAUGCCUUCUGGGGAGACUUCGUCUUUAGAGGUGUGCCGGCGUACAAAGGUCUGUCGGUGCGGCAGCGUCCCUUUCUCUCGCACCCCUUUCUCUGUGGCUGGCUGGGUGGCUGGCUAUUGUUGGUUGUGUGCAGAGCUGGAGCAUUUCCUGAUGGCUGAGACCGGCCCUGGCUUCUCUCAACAGGCAUGCACUGCAGUCUUCUUCAAGGUGGGUGACAGACGCCAUGCGUCAGUCAGCGUGGAUGGAUGGAUGGAUGGAUGCGCGUAUGUGUUUGUGUGGGGGUGGGUGUAGAGCGGUUGUGUGGUGUUUUGGGGCAUGACCGAGGACAACGAGUACCGCUGUGUGGCCACCACCGCCGCACCAUUCAUGAGAAUGUAAUCUUCACACACACACACUCACACACACGCACACAACGGCGGCACAGACGAGACCAUCACUGUGCCAUCCAUCAUUAAUGACGGUCAGGCCUGUUGCCGCGACUUUGGACGAGCUGUGGGCCGCGAGGGAGACCGAGACAAUGGAUGUCACCGACACAGAGGGGUGGGUGGGGUGGGCAAGAAACGAACACUCUGUGCUGUGCACCACACGGUUUUAUAGGUCUCUCUCCGUGUGUGUGCACUGCAGCGACAGCCACAUAGAGAACGAUGUCAUCUACCUCCGCACACACGACCGCACUAGACCCAGCGACAAGGUCACACACACACACACACACAGACACACACAGAGACCAGCCAGCAGCAUGACAACCGUGCCAUAUGUGUCUUCUCUUUGCGACGGUGGAUGGUCAGCUGUCGAUGUCGUUUGCCAUGAUGACGGCCGCCCGCCUCAGUGCCCUCGAAAACAAGAUCGAACGAGUCCUGGCGGUAAGUAAGUGAGUGAAUCGGUGGAGAUGGGAGGAACAAGCCUUGCUGAAGCAUUCAUCCGCCCGUCCCUUUCCUUUGUCCGUGUGUGUGUGGUGUGGUGGUCAGUUUGAGAAGCGGUCUGCCGAUCGGAUGAAGAAGCUCAUCAGGCCUUGGCGAGUGGUGCGCACGCAGGAAGACAGAGAGAGAGGGAGAGAGAGAGAGAGAGAGAGAAGCCAUCCAUCCGCAUGUGCAUGUGCAUGUCGUGUGUGUCAUGUCAGAGUGCGUUGGGUGAGGGGGUGUUCGACUCGCUGAUCAACCUGCACAACCUGCGAUACGAGCUCAACAUCGAGCAGGGGCUGACGGAUGUGCCCGACGUUAUGUGGGACUAUGAGGGGCAGACGCGCCUCUUUGAGAAGCUCCAGAGGCACCACGACAUCAAGCAGAGACUCGACCUCCUCAACGCACGGUGGGUAAAGGUGGUGGAGAGGGAAUUUUCUGUAUGUGUGUGUGUGUGUGGGGUGUGGGUGUUUUAAGGCUGGACUGGACGUUUCACUUUCUGGGGACGUUCUCCGAGCACCUCCAGCGGCUCCACUCGGCAAACCUGGAGAAGGCAAGCACAGCGAGCGACAGACACGAACACCCCACCCACCGGAUGGAUGCCCACAUCGUUGUGUGUGCUCUGUUUGUUUGUGUGUCAGAUUAUCAUAGGUCUGAUAGCGUUGGAGCUGCUGAUAGGCAUAUCCGACUUUGUGGGCUUCCACCCCGCCUUGCUCAAGACCUACAUCCUCGACAAGCUGACGGGCCACCGAUAGGCCGGGCGCUAGGCUGCGCCUCUGUAGAGAGAGUGGGGUGUGUAAAGGGAGGGACGAGUGAGCGGUGGUGGAGGUGCACCUACUGUACCACCUACUGUACCAGUAGUCGAUUGCUGUGCUGCUUGCUUGGCAUAUCUCUUUUUGACCGUCAUUGCUGCCGUGUCGACGGCCUGUGUGCUGCCAUCUCAGUGGCACCCAGUCCAUUACACAGCUGGGAUGAUGAUCAAGGGGUGCCGGCGGGCGGCAGCAGUAGGAAGGCAUGCAGCCUUCAGCGAAUGUACAGCUAGGUUGGUUGGUCGGUAGGUAGGUAGGGC